AAUAUAGUUUUUUUAAAAAAUGAACUGGAUGCCAGUUAACAUCUCUCCCUCAAUCCGUUCUUUCAGUGUAUAGACACCACGCUGCAGAAAACACUACCUACCUACGUCUUAUAAUAAUUUUAAUCAUCAGUGUAAAAUGUUUUUCAUAGUCGCAGUUUUUUCUGUUUUUAUUAUUAUUUGUAUCUUAGAUAUUAUUACACCGCACAAAUAUCCAAUUGGACCUACAAGAGUCCCUUUGCUUGGUAACUAUCUAGAAAUACGAAAGCUCAGAAAUAAAUUAGGAUUCUAUCACUUAGUUUGGGACGAGUUGGCAAAAUGUUAUGGACAAGUGUUUUCUGUUAAACUUGGCCGAAUAGAAGCAGUAGUUGUUUCUGGGUAUGAUGCAGUACGGCAAGUAUUGUGUAAAGACGACUUUGAUGGCCGACCAGAUGGAUUUUUUUUCAGAUUCAGAGCUUUUUAUAAAAGAUUAGGUAUAGUAUUUGUGGAUGGACCAACGUGGAAUGAACAGAGAAAAUUUUGCAUGCAACAUUUACGGAAAAUGGGAUUUGGCGGUGAUUUAAUGGAAAGAAUUAUAAUUGAAGAAGUUAACGAUAUCAUGUUAGAUAUAUCGAGAAAAUGUGAGAAUGGUAAACCAAUUGAAGUUUAUGGUUUAUUUGACGUAUCAGUUUUGAACGGUCUUUGGGCGAUGUUAGCUGGUCAUAGAUUUGCGUUGAAUGACCGUAGACUUGCAAGACUUAUGGAAUUAGUACAUGACAGUUUCAGAAUGUUGGAUAUGUCAGGAGGAAUAUUAAACCAGAUGCCAUUUAUUCGAUUUUUAGCUCCCAAAUGUUCUGGAUACAAAUACCUCAAACAAAUAAUAAACGAGUUCUAUACAUUUUUAAAAGAAUCAGUAGAAGAACACAAAUACAUGGCAAAUGAUCAGGAAGAUUUUAUAAGUGCAUUUUUAAAGGAAAUUGAGAAAAACAAAGAAUCUCCCGGGUCAUUUUCAGAAGAACAGCUUCUUGUUAUUUUAUUGGAUUUAUUUUUAGCUGGCUCAGAAACCACAAGCAGUAUGUUAUCAUUCGUUAUUUUACUUCUUCUUAAACAUCAAGAUAUACAAGCCAAAGUACACGCAGAGUUAGAUGCGGUAAUUGGAGAUCGAGAAAUUCAUCUUGCAGAUAAAAACAAAUUGAAUUAUCUUGAAGCUGUAUUAAUGGAGGUUCAGAGACAUAGUAACGUGGCGCCGUUAGCAAUCGCUCAUAGAACUAUUCGUAAAACCAGCCUACAAGAAUACAUAAUACCAAAAGAUACAUUAGUAUUGGCGAGUAUAUGGAGUGUUCAUAUGGAUGAACAGCAUUGGGGUGAUCCUAAAGUAUUUCGACCGGAAAGAUUUUUGGACGGUACAGGAAAAAUUAUAAAUGACAGUUGGUUUAUGCCGUUUGGUGUUGGUAGGCGAAGAUGCUUAGGCGAGAUAUUGGCUAAGACCAAUAUAUUUAUGUUCAUCGCCAAAUUAAUUCAACAUUUUGAGAUACGAAUACCAAAUGGAGUUCAAUUACCAGAUAAGCCUCAAGAUGGUGUCACUAUUUCUCCAUCUCCAUUUUCUGCUAUUUUUAUACCUAGACGUUGUUUGAGUCAUUAAAAUAAAAUUUGAUAAUAAUUUAAAUUUGUAUCACGUAUGAAUAAUAAUCUUUAAAAAAUCAGUAAUACUUAGUACUUACUAUAAUAUAUAUUUACUAGUUUUAAACUUAUAAUAAUACAUAGGUAUGUACCAUACAUUGUUCUACAAAACUUUAAAACUACAACACAAUUUCUACAUCAAUGCAUUAAAAUUAUUACACAUUUUAAAAUAUUUGAUAAGUAUGGUUUUUUUUUUUAGAUUUAUUACUUCGUGAAUACUCAAAUUUAAUUACUAAUGAUGUAUUAUGUACCUAAUAUUUUUUAUUUUAUUGACAUAUUAGCAUUUAUAUUAUACUUAUUUAUUUAGACAGUAAAAUUUAUAUUAGGAAGUAAGAUAAAGAAUAAUUUAUUAGGUAUAUGAAACCAUGUAAGAACGAUCAAAUGAGGAAACCGGAUGAAUUAAUUAAGUUAUAUAUAACUGAUUCAAUAUUGUGUACAGCAGUGAUAUCGAGAGGUUGACAUGUUAUAAUAAACUAUAAGUAUUAAGUAGGUAUGAUUAAUAGAGUUUUUUUAAUUGAUUCAUUCAAAUUAAUGCUUAUGUAGAAAAUCACAAAUGUUUAAUUAAUAGUUGUUUAACUAAUACUAAUUUUGUGUUAAUUUAAUUUCAAUUGUAUAACUAAUGUUCUUAUAAUUUUUUAGUAAAAAUAUUUUGUUUAAUUCACUUAUAAUAAUUAAGAACUCAGACCUAUAGUAGUUACCUACCUAUUGGCUAUUUUAUACAUACACGAAUCAAAUACAAAAUUAAUAGUUCAAUAAAUUGUUAUUGUUGUCUA